CUCCAUAUUUAUGUACAGUAUUUGUUAUAGUUGCACCAGUCAGCACCACCCAUCUUCUUCAACAAGCUACAAACCAAUUUUAAAAAGCAGAGUGAGCGGUGGGGACAGCUCCCACCAAACAAUGGCUAGAGCCACCAUUGGCUCUGCCACUCCUAUAUCCUCCUCCUUCCGCCAUCUCAAAAACCUCUCUGAUUCUUCCCCUCCCCGACACGUCACCUUCCGCCGUACUAAAACUAUCUGCGCCACCGCAAUGUCGGACGGCGAAGUUCCUCAUCCAUCACUAGAAGUCACAGGCGGAGCUCGAGACAAGUUUCUCACUGCUUUUAAAUCCCUUCAUAAUCCAUACAGUCCUUAUCCCAUCGCCGCUGGGAAUCGCCAUAUAGAAACUAUUUUUGCAGCUUUCUUUAGGUCCGUUCCUGACGUUCGUCUCCGGCGAGAGUGUUUGCGGACUAAGGAUGAUGGCUCCGUCGCUCNAUGUGUCGUUCCGUUUAUCCCGUCCCGUUCCAUUCCGGUCCGUUCCGGUUCCAUCUCGGUAUAUAGUGGAACGGGACGAAACCGUGUAUCCGUACCGUAUUUGUUAUAG